UCAGCCCGGAACUGGCCGAUGCCACGUUGAAAAGGCCUUUUUAUUUGAUCGUGGAUCGGUGUGGACAAGAACGUAGAUCUCUCUCACAAGUUGCAGUUCAGGAUGAAAGCUCUGCUUGUUUUAUGCCUCUGGACUCUGUCCCUUUGCCAUGCUGACGAAAUUAAAGAAGAAGAAGGAGUACUUGUCUUAACCGAAUCAAACUUUGAAAGUGCAACGACAGACAACAAAUUUAUACUUGUUGAAUUUUAUGCGCCAUGGUGUGGACACUGCAAAGCAUUAGCUCCUGAGUACGCCAAGGCUGCAAAGACGUUGAAAGAUGAAGGAUCCGACAUCAAACUGGGAAAGGUUGAUGCGACCAUCGAGUCUAAAUUGGCCGAGAAAUAUGGUGUCCGUGGAUAUCCCACACUCAAGUUUUUCCGAGAAGGCAAGGCUGUGGAAUUCCAAGGAGGACGACAGGCAUCGGACAUCAUCAACUGGCUGAAGAAGAAAACCGGACCUCCAGCCAAGACCUUGGAGUCUGUUGAUGAUGCUAAGAAAUUUGCAGAGUCUGAUGAAGUUGUGGUUGUUGGAUUCUUCAAGGAUCUGGAGUCCGAUGCUGCCAAGGUGUUCACGGGCGUGGCCAGUGAGAUCGACGACAUUCCGUUCGCAAUCACCAAGCACGACUCAGUCUUUGACGAGUAUAAGGUCGACAGAGAUGCUAUUGUUUUACUCAAGAAGUUUGACGAGGGACGAAACAACUUCGAAGGCGAUAUCAAGGCUGAAGCAGUGAAAACUUUCAUCAGUGGAAACAGAUUGCCUCUCGUUGUUGAGUUCACACAAGAGUCUGCUCAGAAGAUUUUCGGCGGUGACCUGAAGAACCACAUCCUGCUGUUCAUGGAGAAGUCUGACAGCAAAUACGACGACACCAUCAAGGACUACAAGGAGGCCGCCGCAGACUUCAAGGGCAAAGUGUUGUUCAUUAGCAUCGACACUGCUGAUGAAGACAACGCCAGGAUUUUGGAAUUCUUUGGACUGAAGAAAGAAGAAACCCCGGCUGUCCGUCUGAUUUCCCUGGCCGAGGAUAUGACCAAGUUCAAACCACCCACCGACAAACUGGAUGUGGCCAGCGUCAAGUCAUUCGUUGAAGAUUUCGUCGAGGGCAAGUUGAAGCCUCAUCUGAUGUCCGAAGAUAUUCCAGAGGACUGGGAUUCCAAAUCAGUUAAAAUUCUAGUCGGCAAGAACUUUGUAGAAGUUGCCAAAAAUAAGGAUAAGAAUGUUUUAGUUGAAUUUUACGCCCCCUGGUGUGGACACUGUAAGCAGCUGGCCCCGAUAUGGGACGAGCUCGGAGACAAGUACAAGGACAGCAAGGACACCGUCAUCGCCAAGAUGGACUCCACGGCCAACGAGGUGGAAGGGGUCAAAGUACAGAGCUUCCCCACAAUCAAGUAUUUCCCGGCCAACAGUGAUGAGGUGAUAGACUACAACGGUGAACGAACGCUGGCCGGGUUCACCAAGUUUUUGGAAAGUGGUGGCAAGGAAGGUGCCGGCCCAAGUGAGGAGGAGGUUGAAGAGGAGGAGGGUGAGGAAGAGGAGGAGGAGGGUGAGGGUGAUGACAAGCACGACCCCGGCGAGUUGUAAACCCUCAACCUCAGUCUCAACAUUGUCUUCUCGGUUGUCUUCUGCCAUAAUAUCUUUGUCUCUUCUACCAGUUAACAAGACAUGUACAUAGCUGACGCUCCACGUUGACCCGCGUACAGGCCUUCAUCGGGCAUUUCACUUCAAUUUUUUAAAUGUUGCACAUCUGUUAAUAGAUAAAUCGUUACGUGUUGGUUGAUUGCUUAGAUGUUAACAGUUUAAAAAGGUAGCUGUAAAUUUGUUAAAAACAGCUGAUAGAUAUAUUUAAUUUGAAGAAGUUAAUGAAAUGUUGGAUUAUUUAGUGUGUGAGAGCUGUGUGUGUGUGUGUGUGUGUGUGUGUGUUGGUGACAAUUUUAUCAAGUCUGGGAGUAGGUCUAGAAUAUUUCAGGCCUUGUUAGAAAGGGUUUUAUUUUUUAAAAACAUUUUAAUGUUACACUAGAAGUUACAUAUCGUCAUAUGAAACUUUUAUUACCGUUUAUAUUAUCAAAUAACAAUUGAUGAGAAGGAAUACUCGUAGAUGUGUACAAAUUAAUGAAGUUUGUAGUCCAGUUUUUGAAGUAUAAAAUGCUGUUAUAUUUGCUAAUGUUUUCUAAUAUUUUGUUUUAGAAUUUAGCAAGUAGAAUUGUAUUUUUGUAUAGAUGACAUGUUAUUUUGCAAAUUAUAUCUUUUUUGAUUGGUUUUGCAAUCCCAAAGGUUGUGUAUUUGUGUAUAUUAAAACUCUGGUAAUAUUUUUUAGAAUGUUUAUAUUGUUUUUGCAGCGUAUCAUCAUUGGAUACUACAGAUAAUUGACGUCUGUAUGUAGCAUUAGAGAAUUUCUUUUCACAGAUGACAAAUAAUUUGUUUAAUAAACUUCUGCACUUCCUAGAGUAGAAUAUUGGCAAAAAUGAUAAGUUUAGUUUCUUAUGCAUUCCUGAGAAAAUCCCUACCACCACUAGACUUGAUGAUGUAGUUAGUAAUAAAUUUGACACACUUUAUACUAGUCCUGUUUCUAGUUGUACAGCAAUGCAACAAUGAUUCAAGUUUUUUAAGUUAUUAAAUGACAUAUUUAGCGUCAUGAGAAGUCGACAUGCAUGGUCCAGUUACAAAACUAAUUUAAAACCCGUCAAUCUCGAUGAUCGAGGCAUAUUCUCGUAUGACGCCAUGUCUUGUUGACUGGUAUUCAUUUGUCCGUGGAGUGCAAGUGUUUGGGUAAUGAAUGUGUUGUGUGUCUCGUGUGUUUAGAAUACCAUUUUGCCAAUGUAAGUCAUUCCUAUUUAAGUACGUGGUGCUGCGGUUGUUGAUAACUUAUUCAGAUAUUCGGGCAACCUGUGGGAGAGAUCGGCCGCCAUUUUGUUUGUAAAAAUGAUUGUUUUAUUGCCUUGGAGCAGUUAGGUGACUUUUUGUUCUUUAGUAAUUCAUAACCUUGGUGUCUUGUUGGGUUUUACUUUUGACGCUUUGUUUUUUUAAUUAUUAAUGUUUGUUUGGGGGUUUUUUAAUUUGUGAGAUCUAUAUGUUUUUUUUUCCUCCUAUAUAAUUUUGAAACGGGCAGGAACUGAUUUGUUUUUAAUAAAGUCAAACUUUUGAAACACAUUUAAAUGGGCCAGUAAGUCAGUUUUGGUCAAUGGUUACUUCAAACUGUUUUGUUGGUAGUCUAACCACUUUCAGCAAAUUCAUCUUUGUUUUGUCAUCUUCAUGAGAUUUUGUAUCAGACAUUAUGAAAAUAAAUUGUAUAAAUUUGA